AUGGAGAGCUCAAUUAUCGGCCAACGUUCAACUUCCAGCAGUCAAGAAACAUCUGAGCCAAAAAUGUGUUGGAUUUGUUUGUGUACUGAUGAUGACAAUGAUGAUUAUGAAAAUAAUAGAGAAUGGGUGUCACCAUGUAAAUGUCGCUCUUCUACACGAUGGGUUCACCAGGGUUGUGUUCUACGUUGGAUUGAUGAAAAACUGAAGGAAAAUCUUUUCUUUAAAGCACAUUGCCCUCUAUGCCUCACACAAUAUAUUGAGCAACACAAAGUCAAUUACUUAGUUCUGCUAUUAGACAUACUUGAUGGUGCAGCUAAUUUUAUAAGUCCGUUUUUAACAGUUGGUGUUACGAUCACUGCUUUCUGUUGGUCAGCAGCAUCUUAUGGAAUACUAACAAUAAUUCAGGUGAUGGGUAAAAGAGAAGCUAUAACGAUGAUGAAAAAUACAAAUCCAUAUAUUUUGCUCUUGGUGUCAGCAUCAAUCCCUUUCUGGCUAAUUUUUGGAAAAUUGAAGAAUUGGGGAGAAAACUUGAUGUUAUUUAUUUGGAGACUUACCUCACAACUUCCCUUGUUAAGAACUAUCAUGCCUUCGUUUGUGUGUGAACCUGUCAACGAACCUGUCAAUAAUUUAAGGAAUAGACAACGAGUAUUUUCAAUCGAUAUUCCGGAUACUACUCUUUGUGCUGCACUUUUAUUGCCGACUUCUGCAGUGACAGUUGGAAAUUUAUUAUUUCACAGUUGUUCAUAUUCAUCCUUACAAAAAACUUUAUUGGGUGGGUUGGUCUACAUUGCAGUAAAAGGGGCAAUCAGAAUAUAUCAAAGGCAACAAAAUCUUAUUAGAGAAAAAACACUUAAAGUCCUUGAAUACCCUAUAACUGAUGAUGAAAAUAAUUAAAAAUCUGUACAAAAAUCCAGUACUCGUUUACAUCACUUGAAACAUAAUUAAACAUCUUAAUACUGUACAUAAAUAUGUAAACAUAUUUUUAAA